AUCUAUUUGUUGCCAUGUUGUCGGAAACGGCGUGCAUUUCGAUAUUCAUUAUUCAAUUGUGAUUAUAUACUGUUUCACUGUGAUCAAAUGAGUGAUUAAUUCAACCCCGUUAAUGAAAAAUUGAUAUAUGAUCUAAGGAUGUAGCAUUACAAAAAAAACAACAAAAAAAAACAGAACGUUUUGCUAAAAUGAGAUGGAAAUAUUUGAUCACGUGGAAACCGUGCAUAAAAUGGAAAUCUUUGAUGAAAAGGAAAUCUGUGAUAGCAUGUAUGCUAUUUUUGUUGACAUUGUUUGUAUUCCAUACUUCAUCAAAGGAAAAUUUUUCAAGUUAUGUCCAAAUGUCGAAACACGAGAAGACGUUGAGCCGAAAUGUUUCCACGAUUCAAGAACAAGACCAUUUGAUAAACCUUGAAAAGAUUACUGACGAAUUACAGGACAUUAAUAAGACAUCUGGGAGCUUAUAUUUUACCAAUAACGCCAAUUCUAUACACAUUGCAAAUGGAACAAAAGUGCAAACAUUUAAGCGAGAUACAUCUCUGUUCGUAAAGAGCAAAAUUGGGCAUGAAUCAGUGGUGCAAGAGUCGGAAGAGUUUCCAGGCAUGCCUGACCCAUGUGUGAAACCUAGACGUAAAACUGAGGUUGAAGACAUACUAUGUAUGAAACGUCCAGUAUUUUCAGUGGAAUAUAAAAACCCAUGUUGGACGGAGGAAGAACAAUUCUAUUGUUUGCCUUAUUUUCAUCUGAUUGGAUUCCCAAAAUGUGGGACUACAGAUCUUUUUAAACGGCUUUUUAUACAUCCGGAUAUUGUUCCAAAUUUUGGACGUUUUGGCAAAGAAACUUGGUACUGGUCUUGGAAACGCUUUGCUGUAAACAGAGGAUGGGACUUGAAGCAUGGUAUGACCCUCAAAGAGUUCGCAAUGCACUUUGAUGCAGAAGUGAUACGUACAAAGGUCAACAGUCAAGGUCGCCAUACAAGAAUAACAGGUCAUGGAGACCCAAUGGAUAGUUAUGAUAGAUUUAACGAGGAGGCUACGCCCCAAAAUAUCCCAGGGGCGGAGGAGCUGCUUUGGACAACACCUUUCUCUAUACGCCAUAUCAACCCUAACAUAAAACUUUUGCUGAUGACGAGGGACCCUGUUGAGAGGCUGUAUUCUCAUUAUUUUUUCAUCAAUAACGGGUCAUCUGCUCAUAUUUUUCACGAACACGUGGUGCAGUCUUUGAUCCUUUGGAAGGAAUGUGUCCUGCACCACUCUAUUCGACAUUGUAUUUAUUCUCCUGAACUUAAAAAGGCAUUAAAGGUGCCAAUAUAUGUGAGUUUCUACAUAGUACAUUUGAAAGAAUGGCUGAAAGCGUUUCCAAGGGAACAGAUAUUCAUAUUCAGAAAUGAGGAUUAUUCCGUAAAUAUCAAAGAAACAUUAAUACAGAUUUUUAAAUUCCUGGAUAUUGCUAUUCCGGACGAAGCUCUUCUGAACAAAAUGGAAUCAUUGCCGCUCUUUUAUGAAACAAAAAGCAAGAAAAAAGCCGGGCCUAUGCUAGCCGAGACCAAAGCAAUACUCGUGGACUUUUAUAGGCCAUAUAAUGAAGAACUUGCGAUGUUUCUCAAAGAUGAUAGAUUCUUAUUCAAAGAUCGCUCAUUUAAAAGUUUUUAGCCGAAAUACAUGUACGAAAGCUGCGUGGUUCUUUAAUGUUUUUUGCACACGUGGUAAUUCUAAAAGACUUCCUGCAAGUCUAGACUCAAAAUGAUUCACAUUUCCUUGAAGUGUGGCCACGCGCUAAACUGUCGUCUGCUUUAGUUAUUUUGUAAAUCAAGAAGAGUUAAUUCAAAGAAUUUCUCAUUACCAAUGUUCCAAGAGAAAGACGUGCGUUCCUACCGAGUUUGAUUUUUUAGGCAAAGUUGCCGUUGAGAAUCAUUUAUAAUAAAGUGUGAUGACGAACGCUGCAUGUUAGAACUACAGUUCAUAUUGAAGGAAAGAGUGGGGGGACCUGUUUGCAUUUAAAAUAUGUUCUUGCGAUAUAUUGGAAGAGAUAUUGGUUAUAAAACGUAAAGAAUGCAUAAUGUAUAGAAAUAAA